UGUCACAAAGUAUACCAUAAAAAGAACCUUAUUUUCAUUCUGUCUAAUGCUAUAAUGAAUGGAGUAUAGUUUGCGGCCAUACGAUGCGUUGAGUUUGCGUCGCAAAUUGUGUACGUGAGGUUGGCAGCGCCACCCACUUGGAUUUUGAAAUGAGUUCUUGAACCAUGCAGUACAAUUGCGAAAACGAUAAAUGUGACGUAGCGUGGCAGCGUCACAAUUCUGUAUUUAUUAUGAAUUUAAAGUCUGCAGUUUUGGAGCCUACUCAAUGCAAACAAACAAAUAAUCAGAUCAUUAUACUUAUUAGGUAGUACAGAUGAUUGAUCUUAUAAAUUUAAACUAUAAGUAUUCUUACACUAUCAGCGUCGGUCUGGGCUCCUGGAACCCGAUAUCAUUAAUACAGUCGUCGAUUUUUAACCUAAUUCUCAACUGAUCAAAGUUUAAAUUUAAUCAGAAUGUCAGUUGAAUAAUUUAUCUCUAGCGCGGUAUCGAUUUUUUUGUAUGAUACAUUUCGAUCAAAAUUAAUCUAAAAAAAAAUUAGGACAGAAGACCCACUGUCCCCUUUUUGGCCAUUUGAAACUUCAUAGCGUUUUAACUUAUAGACAUAAAUAUUUAUUAAUUUACCGUGAACGGUUUUCAAAACGUUUCAUUAUGGCUAAAGUAGUCGCGUGAACAGUUAUGAUGCAUCAAAUACCUCUCAUAGUAGCCAAAAUUAGCUCAUAAUCUUAAAAUGGCCAAUACCGGGUCUGCCGUAUUCGAAGACUUUUAUGAUUCUAUUAUUUCAUUAUGCAAUGAGAUCGAAAGGUACAUCAAAUAAAUUAAAUACCUACGGAAAAGUUAAUAAUAUUUGGCAAUGAUCUAUUUAUUGCAACAAAAAAGCAAAUAAUCGAUUUAAAAUAAUGUUUUUAAAUUAAAUAUUUUGAAACUACAUUAGAGAUAUAUUUUUUUAGAAGCUGACUCUAGAAGGGUAAGACAUGGAUGACGCCAACAAGAAGGUUAGUUUUGAGGAGGAUCAUAAAACAGCAUUUGGAGGCAACAUUGAAAGUUAUAGAAUCAAUCUUUCUCCAAUAGAUAUGACUAAAAUGAAAGAUGAUCUCGACCAUGUAUACGACAAGCUUACAAAUAUUUUAAUAUCUGUAUUAGAUAAAAAUAAUAAAAUAAAAGCUACUCUAAAUCUACAGGGCUCCAUGAACGAAUAUGACUAUACAUCAUUCGCAUUCAACGCUACUUUAAUACUCUACUUGCAAAAUAAAGAUAUCGACAUAAACCAAUACGUUAAACAACGCAUCAAUAAUGCAAAAUAUAAAAUUCAGAGGAAAUACGAUGAUUACGAUAGUAGAAACGGUGGGGGGAAACAUCUUGUUUAUUUAUACUUACAUAUUUACAAAAUUAAUGAUGUUGAAUUUGAUGACGACAUGAGUUUUGAGAGGUCUGUAUUGGAAGGCUUUAAUGCAGGUAAGAAAGCAUCCGAUUUACAAGACAAUUACCUCAAUGAAAUUGUCAUGGAUGGUAUUGAUCAUCCCGUGCAAUUAGACGAUAUACUGCGUAUAGAAGAAAUGAACAUAUUCAGCAUCAAUGUUUAUAUGUUGAAAGACGGUAUGGAACCUAAUGGAGAAAACAUAGAAGGGCCUGUGUAUUACAGGAAGCGUCGCAAAGAGAAACACGUCAAUUUGCUGUUACGGCAUGAUAAUGUGAAUAGUCGUUUUAGUAAUAUUCCAAAUCUAAAACUUUUGAUUUAUUCAAAUGAAAAAAAUGGUCAUAUUUGUGAUGGCUGCCUUAAUUUAUUUGAUAAGGUUGAAAAUUUGCGAAUUCACCAGGACGAGGAAUGUGUCCGAGUCAAAACAAGAUUACCAGAAAAUACAUUUAUUAAAUUCGAUAAUUCGGACCAUGCAAAAAGAGUGCCAUUUGUUGUUUAUGCUGAUUUUGAGGCAGCUACUGAAAUAAUAAAUCAAAAUGUACAAAUAAACAUGCCAAAUGAAAAUUGGACUAAGAAUAUCAGCAAAAACGUGCCAUACCGUUAUGGGUAUUAUAUAAAAUGCGAUGACAAUGAUUUUUCUGUUAACGUAAAAACAGACAAAAAUUUAAAUUUAAAACACUAUGUUAGUAAAUUCACAGAUAAUCUAGUCGAAGAUCUUAAAAUACAGAUAGAACUCUACACAAAAAAAUAUCCAAACGCAUCUAUCAGAACAGUGCCUGUGUUUCUGCAUAACUUUAAGAAAGAAAGUAGCUGUUACAUCGUACAAGGUGCUAAUUGCCAAUCCAUGCAUAGAAGUUACUCCGCAAUUCAUAAAACAGUGAAAACCACAAAUGGGGAUAUUCAAAUACGUUUUCUUGAUUCACGCGGCUUCUUAGAUGAACCGCUAGCUGAAUCUAUAAAAAAUUUCAAAAUAGAUUUUAAAGAAAUAGACAAGAUAUGCAAUGACGAUAAAACAAAGAAAAUUUUGAUUAGAAACGGUGGACUACCGUUUCCUAAAAAUUAUAUAAAAUCGCCUAACAACUUGAAGGAAACAUCAUUUCUGAAGCGUUGUGAUUAUAAUUCGUCAAUAGAAAAUAAAAAGGUUGACAAAGAAUAUGAGAACGCCAUUCUAAUUUGGAAGACCUUUAACUGCCGGAACAUUGAUGACUAUUUAGUUCUUCGUCUCAAGGCUAAUAUUCUUUUUCUUGCUGAUGUGAUAGAAUAUUUGAGAAACCUCUGCAUAUCCAACUAUGAACUGGACCCAGCGCAUUAUUAUUCAAUUGCUGGGUUUAGUUGGAAUGCAAUGUUGAAAUCGACAAACAUUAACUUAGAGUUGAUCACAGAUCUUGAAAUGUUGCUUUUUAUCAAGAAGGCAAUUAGGGGUGGUUAUAUGCAAUGUAGUAAAAGGCACGUCGUCGCUAAUAACAAAUAUCUACAAAAUUACGAUAAAUCCAAACAAGAUGUGUAUAUAAUGUUCUAUGAUGCUAAUAAUCUCUACGGGCAUGCCAUGUGCCUAUAUCUGCCAUACGGAGGAUUUAAAUGGCAACCCAUCCAUCCAAAUUUUGAUUACAAAGUCCCCGAAGAUUCAGAUAUAGGCUAUAUCCUGGAAGUUGACCUCUCGUAUCCAAAAGAACUGCAUGACUUACAUUCCGAUUUCCCUCUCUGUCCCAAAAAGAAGACGGUAGAUGGUGCUGAUAAUAAACUCCUUGUAGCUGAUUUUAAAGAGAAAAAACGUUAUGUUAUCCAUCAUACAUUUCUAGCACUUUGUGAAAGGCUAGGACUGAAGAUUGAUAAAAUUCAUCGCGUGCUACAGUUCAACCAAAAACCUUGGCUUCAGAGAUAUAUAAAGAAUAAUAUUGAAAAGCGAAAGUGUGCUGCAACCGAUUCCGAGAAAAAGUUUUUCAAGCUACUCAAUAACAGUAUAUACGGAAAAACAAUGCAAAACGUGGAAAACCAAGGCGAUAUUCUAUUGUUACAUCAUUGGGAUGAUACAGAUAGUCAAAAAGGCGCCUUACACUUUAUAAAUAGGGCUGAUUACCAAAGACUCUCUAUAUGUUCUGAAAAUACGGUUGCAAUAACAUUACGCCAUACGAAUUUAACAUUUAAAUAUCCUAUCUAUAUAGGUUUCUGUAUUUUAGAUCUAGCUAAAACAAUCAUGUAUAAUUUUCAUUACGGAAUUAUGAAGAAUAAAUUAAAAGAUAAUUUGAGUUUACUAUAUACCGACACAGAUUCACUUAUUUAUCAAUUCAAUAAUGAGGACAGUUAUGAGUUUGUCAAGAAAGACGAAAUCAAGAAAUACUUUGAUAUAAAUGAAUACGAAAAAGGCAAAAAUGAUAAAAUAGAGGAUUGUUGUUUCAAAGAUGAAUUAAAAGGUGCUAUUAUUAAGGAAUUCGUUGGUUUAAAGUCUAAAAUGUAUGCGGUAGACGCUGAAAAUACUAUUAAAAAAGCCGCACAUGUACCAAAGGAAGUCAAAUCUACAUUUGAUAUCAAAGUUUACAGGGAAUGUCUGUACAAUAAUAGCCCACUUUAUAAAGAAUUUAAUCGGGUUCGGGCGGAGGACCACGACUUAUAUAAUCAAAAAGUUAGAAAAAUUGUACUUUCGUCAAACGAUCCAAAAAGGUAUAUAUCCGAUAAUAAGUUUGAUACCUUACCAUGGGGCCAUUAUAGUUUAUAAGAAAAGAUCAUUUAUGAAAAAUAAAAAAUGCGAAAGAAAUUUGCGACUCAGGCAAUAAAGUUCCUCUUUUAAAAACGUUUAAAUUAUUUUUAAGAAGGCUAAUAGUAGAGAGUAUCCUUGUUGAACUAAUGACGCAAUAAACGAUGAGUAUGUUAGUUUCGGAAGUUAAAUAUUACAGCUACAGUAGUUAUAUUAAAAUUCUCGAAUUUAUUAAUGAUAAAUAAUAGCAGGAGUACUACGAGAUAAAAGCCCACGAUAAAAAUAAAGAAAUAUAAAUUGAUAAUAACGUUGGCCCGAGAUUACUACCUUGUAAUACAUCUUAUCGUAAAUGCAAGGAUGUUUAAGGUAACUAAUGACUGAUAAUAACACUUAUAACUAUACAAUGCUCUUUAUUGCAUAAAACAUAAUGUAUAAAUACAAUAUUUGUUAUUGUUAUGGGAGGAACCAAUGAAAAUAAUCCAUCACUAUUACUAAUACUAAUAUGAUAAUGACUGAAGUACCUUAUAACAAAAAUUUGUAUGAAGAGAAACUUAAUUAUGAGCUAAGGC